AUUAAUCUCUAUGCUUUUCUCUCUACAAUUACUCCUUGAGAGCCUCUCUCUCUAGGAUAUCGAGUAUUGCUGACUUGAGCGUCGGAAUGUUUUUCCCGAAGAAACAUCCUCGGGAUUUACAGGUGUAGAAGCAGCUGAGGACUUCAACAGUGUUGGAUUGUGAAGCUGCCCAAACAUUUGGCACCGUCUGUGGGAAUCCAAACAAGAAGCUGUGUAGUUUAACUGGCAGAAAGACAAAAUGGCCUGUACCUGUACUGGAAUUCGCCCUCCAAGAGAUGAAAUGGACGAAGAGGAGGACACUCAGUUGUCCGAGCCCGGUUUAAAUAAUGAUAGGACAAUGCCAAGAAACCUUUUCGUUGGAGGAGCAAAACAGGACCAAUUAAGUGGAAUAUAUGAUGAUGAAAGAACACCAACUGGGUCAAUAGAACUUGCUCGGACGACCGAGAUCGAAGAGAGAACCAGAGUUCUUGAAAUGGCAAUGGGUAAAAUCCUUGCUCGUCUAAUUCCUGACGACUCCCUGAUUCCUUUGUUGAACAGGGAUGCACAACCAGCUGCGGUUGUUGCAACUCGAAACUCCCCUACUCUAAGCAACAUAGUAGUGCCGACCAGACCAAGGGGAAAUGGGAAGCUAAAUAUCGAGCCCAGCCCGUCCAAACAUAGUGAAGAACUGAUGAGAAAGAACGCAGACCUGGAAAGGCAGUUAAGGGACGUACAGAAAUCUAUUGACGAGCUGAAAAGUCCUCGGUCGCACCAACAAACCCUGGAUUUGGAUAGUGUUCCACUAAACCUAUCCAUCACAGCAGAACCGUAUCAAGAGGGAUUCAAGAUUCCCCACCUGGAGACAUACGAUGGCUCGGGUGACCCAGAUGAGCAUCUGCACACCUAUCAAGCCAUCAUGGGAAUUCAAAAAGCCAAUGGUACCAUGAUGUGUAAAGUGUUCCCAGCGACACUAAAGUCAGCGGCCAGAAGAUGGUAUCAUAAACUCCCUAGACACUCUAUAGAUUCUUAUUCCCAGCUUGCCAAGCUAUUCUCCAACAAAUUUGCUAGCCAAAGGGAAAUUAAACGCACAGCUACCGAGGAACAGCCACCAAGGAGGAAAGAGAAGAAGAAACAGAAAGUCAAUGAACAGUGGGGGAAGCCUGCUGACUUCCCAAAGUAUGCCAACUACAUUCCUUUAGCCUUGCCAAGGUUUCAAAUCCUUGCGCAAAUCCAACACUGGGUUAAGAGACCCCCAUCGCCAUUGCAUGAUUCCCCAAGGGCGGACAAGAGCAAACAUUGUGACUACCAUCGUGAGUAUGGUCACAAUACAAAAGAUUGUCAACACUUAAAGGACGAGCUGGAGUUCCUGGCUCGCAAUGGGAAGCUAGAAGGAUAUGUUCAGAAGCCCCACGCCCAGCAACCCACUCAAACUCAUUUUGUACAGGGGGUGUACAAAGGACGUCCGUUCAAUAGGAGAGGACAGAGACAGAGAACUGCCGCCCAGAACCAAAAAGAUAGGAAAAGGGUAGGUUAUGCUGGGAUCCCCCCACCUUCGGGCACAAUCAAUAUGAUUUCUGGUGGUAUACACUCUAGAGGCCAAAGCGCCCGAGGUCGUAAGGCAUAUGCUCGCCAGGUGAUGACUGUUAAUAAGAAUAGGCCCCUGAAGCGCCCGUUUGAAGAAGCAGAAUGGGAGAAUACGCCUAUCACAUUCAGCCCGGCAGAUUACAAGCGAGCAAACAGAGAGCUUGACAUUAUGAUGCCCCAUGCAGAUCCUUUCAUGGCAACGCUAAAUUCGAGCUCGCUGCAAAAAUAUGAAGGGCCCAUAUAUGGUUUUGACAACCAGCCCGUUCCAGUGGAAGGAGUAAUUACGCUUCUCAUUUAUGUGGGUGCAGAACCACGCUUUAGGAUGGCUUCAGUCAGCUUCCUGGUCAUCAAAAUGGAGUCGGCCUUUAAUGCCAUAUUAGGAAGAGCCACCCUCUGUGAGUUGAAAGCUGUUAUUUUUCAACCCCAUCUCUGUAUGAAAUUCCCAACUCCCCAGGGGCAGACAAUGAGCAUAUCAGACAUUGAGCACCGACUUGAGGGUGUCGAGCAGAAGGUAGAGCCAGUGGAGCCAGUAGAAACAGUCCCUCUAAACCCUGACGUACCAAAAAGGACGGUUAAGAUCGGCACCAAACUCACAAAAGAGGAACGGGCAGAGCUUCUGGAGUUUUUGAGGGUUAAUCAGGAUGUGUUUGCGUGGACUACAGAUGAAAUGCUUGGCAUCCCGGCGGAGUUGACAGUCCACAAGCUUAGCACAGACCACACCAGAAAACCGGAGAAAACAGCUUUUUACGCUGGUGAUGCAAUCUACUGCUAUGUGAUGAUGCCGUUUGGCCUGAAGAAUGCUGGUGCUACAUAUCAGAAAAUGGUGCAAAUCAUCUUUAAGCUCCAAAUUGGAAGAAACAUAGAAGUGUAUGUGGAUGACAUCAUAGUCACCAGUGUACGAGCUGAAGAUCACAUAGGUGACCUGAGCGAGACCUUUCAAAACUUGCGCCGAGCUCAAAUGAAGCUAAAUCCCCUGAAAUACACAUUUGCGGUAGAGUCAAGAAAAUUCCUAGGGUACGUGGUGUCCAGGAAAGGAAUUGGAAUAAAUCCAGAAAAGGUUCAGGCUGUUCAACAGAUGGAGCCACCCAGGACUGUCAAAGAUGUGCAGCGUUUGACGGGCCGUGUAGCUGCGCUGCAUAGGUUCAUAGCCAAGUCGGCAGACAGAUGCCUCCCAUUCUUCAAAGCCCUGCGAGAGCCCAAGAACUUUCAAUGGACCAAUGAGUGUCAAAGGGCGUUUGACGAGCUCAAACAAUAUCUGGCAUCAACACCUUUGCUGUCCAAGCCUAUGGAAGGAGAGAGUUUAUACGUGUACCUGGGGGUUACAAAAGAGGCAGUGAGCUCGGUUUUACUCAGGGAGGAGAAUAAGAAUCAGAAGCCUAUCUACUAUGUGAGUAAGGUUUUAGAAGGUGCCGAGCAAAACUACCCACUAGCAGAAAAUGCUACUUUUGCUUUGGUCUGCACAGCUUGUAAGCUGAGAGCUUACUUUCAGUCUCAUCAAAUUGUUGUCUAUACUGAUUUGCCACUGAGGAAGAUAUUGCAGAAGCCAGAACUCUCAGGUCAGCUUAUUGGAUGGAGUGUCGAGCUGAGUGAGUACGGCCUCAAAUUUCAGCCAUGCACGACUGAUGCACUAAAAUCACCCUAGCAAGUGUACUAGUCGCUCCAAGUAAUAUAAUGAUGAGAAGAAU